AUGACAACAGAUGCAGUUUCCACUUCUAAGCCCCGUCUUGCAGAAAGUUUGCUGUACACUUCUGAAGUGCUUCCAUCUGAACAUGAAUCACCGGUAAUCUAUAAACCACAUAUGCGGGACGAAAUGAUUCGUGAAAACAGCAUGAUUGCAAGGAAGAGCAUUGGAAGGCCUUGUCGUAACGGCCAUGGAGAAAACGAAAGAGUCUUUCUGGUGGUAGGAGCGACAGGAGCUGGGAAGUCGACACUCAUCAAUGGAAUGGUGAACUACAUGUUCGGGGUGGAAUGGAAAGAUGACUUUCGAUUUAAGCUCAUAACAGAAGACGACAAAUUGACGCAAGCAGACAGCCAGACCAACGGUAUCACUGCAUACACGUUUCACGCUAUGGAAGGCUCACCCACUCCAUACACAUUUACCGUAAUCGAUACUCCUGGUUUUGGUUCAACUGAGGGGUUAAAGAGAGACAAAGAAAUAACUGAACAAAUUAAGGAGUUCUUUUCCAUCUCUCCACCAGAAGGGAUCGAUCAUCUCGACGGCAUUGGCUUCGUUGUUCAGUCUUCCCAAUCACGUCUUACGAAAACACAGAAGUACAUAUUCGACUCAAUUUUGUCCAUAUUUGGUAAAGAUGUUUCCCAAAACAUUUUCAUGAUGAUCACGUUUGCAGAUGGCCAACGUCCUCCUGUUUUGGAAGCCAUCAAGAAAGCAGAAAUCCCAAGCACAGUGUCUUUCAAGUUCAACAACUCGGCGCUUUACGCGGAUAAUAGCACUGAUCACGAAUCGAGCGAUUUUAACUUUGAUGAAAUGUUUUGGAAGAUGGGCGCGGGUUCGUUUAAGAAGUUUUUCGUGGAGUUUCCAAAGUACCCAAGUGUCAGCCUUCGUCUAACCAAAGAGGUAUUGCAAGAACGGGAACAGCUCCAGAUAUCGUUAGAAGGUCUUAACGAUCAGAUUCAAAUAGGCCUCAAUCGAAUUGAGGAGAUGCGUCAAGAAGAAAUUGUGUUACAACAACAUGAAGCAAAGAUAAAAGCAAACAAGGAUUUCACCUACCAAGUCAAGUUAGUGAAACCAUCUUAUAUCAGUCUUAAGGGAACUGGCCAGCACACCACCACUUGUGUCACUUGUAACAUGACAUGCCAUAAGAAUUGCGCAAUUCCUUUAGAUCGUAACAAGUCUGGAUGCUGGGCCAUGAAUGAGUUUGGCAAUUGCAGAAUAUGUCCACGUAAAUGCUAUUGGUCUGAGCACAGGAACCAUCCCUACCUGAUCGAAUAUAAGUUUGUCACUGAAACAAGAACAGUCGAGGAUCUGAAACAGAAAUAUCACAAAGCGAUGGAAGGAAAGGCAACGGCUGAAAAAAUGAUGCGUUCUUUAGAAGAAUCUCUUCAAAAAGUGCACUUGCAGGUUCUCACCAUGAUAAAAAAAGCUCAGCACAGUGUUCGUCGUUUGGACGAAAUUGCCCUCAAGCCCAAUCCACUCACUGAAGUUGAGUACAUUGAAGUUCUUAUCGAGUCCGAAAAACGAGGGGCGAAACCCGGUUAUCAACAACGCGUCCAUUACUAUGAGGAGGCUAAACGGCAGGCUGAAAUGCUCUCUAAAGUAAAGGAUGAGAAAGAAAGUCAGAAGCUGAUGCAGAAUUUGUCGAGAAAGGGUAUGAAUGUAAGCCAUUACGAAGAAGCAACAGUGGGAAUAGCGAACAUAUCUCUACAUCAAGACACAUCUCAGAAAUGGUACUCACGAUUCAAGUUCUGGUGA